UGGCAACAGCGCUCGUUUUGCGCUGCGUGAGAAGUCCCUUGCUCACUAUUGUACUUGCUCGGUCGAGGAAUCCGGUUGAACUUAACUUUGUGAUGCUACUACGUUCCUCGUUGAAAACGCACCAAGAAAGCUAACUGACACACUGCCAUGGACGGAAACGAAGUGACGCAAAAAAUCCGAGCUGCCAUCAAGACAAAGCUGAUGGAGCUUGGUGCCUAUGUAGAUGACGAGCUGCCCGACUACAUCAUGGUCAUGAUUGCCAACAAGAAGACGAAGGAGCAGAUGACGCAGGACCUGUCGCUCUUCCUUGGUGACAGCACACUCAACUUUACAACAUGGUUGCAGGGAGUGCUGGACCACCUCCAGGCCAUUGCCACGGAAGCCAAGCAGCGUGGCAAGGAGCUGCCGCCACACGUAUCACCCGGUGAGCCCGUGCGGCCAGUGCUGCCACCACACCUCGACAUUGCCAGGCAACAGGAGGUGCUGGAGCCACCACCUAUCGCACCCGCAAUAGCAGUGGCCCCUUCGUUAAUGGAGGAACCGUCGUUGCCAGAGUACAGCGACGAAGUCCUUGCCUUGAAAGCCGACCCUGAGCCAGAUGAUGAUCUGGCGGACGACUUGCGUGCCAUGGUGGAGCAGCCGCUGACAACGCAGCAGCCGAGGAUGACCAGCAGUGGUGCAAGCAGCAGUGUCUCUCUGGUGCGACCCAUUCCAAGGGCGUCUGCACCCGAAGAAACGUUGACAUCCAAGGAACGGCCAACCAAGAAGUCGGUGGUGGCAGCAGCCGCCGUCGUACGCCGGAAACCACACUUUCUGAGCGAGGCCGAGGAUGACGACGAAGAGUACGACCCGAGCAACCCGUCGGUGGGCUCCAUCGCCAGCGUGGUCAAAGUUUCUGAGAGGAGAUCAAGCGUGCCAGAGAGCAUGCAGGCCAACAAGCUUCUCCUGCUCAAGGCCAUGAAGGCUGCCCACCAGUCGGUCUCCAGCAGUGCUCGCCGAAACCCCUCAGCCCGGGUGGAACCAUAUCAGCCCACACCUCUUCGUGAGCUGGGCUCAAAGCGGCGGAGACCUGCCAGUCGACUAGGCUCUUCGAGAACUGGUGACUUUGAUGACGAGAACUCCAUGCCACCAGCCAAACGACCCAGUGGGCUGUCAAUCAAGGAAAGGCUUGGACGCAGGCGGGCGUCUUCAGAGGAGCCUGUGGUCCCCUUAGAACGAGCACCUGGCCGAACGAGGGCAUCACGGAUCGUCGGUGCCAUUGCCCCCGAAGUUCGGCCAGACACCAGAGCAGCGGAGAAAAGUGCGGUGGCUGCACCCGCAGCUGACGCAGUGGUCACCAGGGACAUUGUCAGCUUGGAGCAGGACGAUGCAGACCUGCUGGAACUCGAUGUUGCCAACGAGGAUGUGCACUCAGUGGUCAAGGACACCACGCCCACGUCCACACCCAACCGGCUGAGCGGGGUCGAUGAUUCGGCAACUGGUCAGCCAGGCAGCUUGGGCAGCUCGCCGUCUUCAUCCCAGUGGCCACGCUUCGUGGUCACCCUCGAUGGAGUGGACCCGACGAGCUUCAAAAGCAACAACAGCCAUCGUGAGGUGCUGACUACGGGUCACGACCUGGAGGAACUGCCCGAAGAAGAGGACGAAGAGCAGCUCGUGUCACCUCGGAGGCCGCCGGUCAAGAGCCGCCUCAUGAUGGCUCCAGUCCCCAAUGCUGAACUGAUGGAGGAUGCCCCUAUGGUGGAAGAAGAGGAAGCCAUGGCAGUGGAUGAUGGGGCCUCACACAUCCUGGAGAAGUGUCGUUACUGGCCGGCCUGCAAGAAUGGCGACCAUUGCCCCUACCACCACCCCAGUGUGCCCUGCAAGGCGUUCCCCAACUGCAAGUACCGGGACAAGUGCCUCUUCAUCCACCCCAACUGCAAGUACGACGCCUUCUGCAAGCGCAAGGACUGCCUAUUCACUCACGCCAGCCGGCGGACAUUUGCCUGCCCGCCACCUGUGGUGUCCUCCCCGUCGGUGCAGCAGUGCAAGUUCUACCCACACUGCACCAACCUCAAGUGUCCCUUCUUUCAUCCAAAGCCAUGCAAGUUUGGUGCGGCAUGCCAGUCAUCGUCGUGUCCAUACAGUCACCCAGAGGGGGGCGUGCCGCCCCCCAACAAAUUGAAGUGGACCUCAGCCACUGCCAAGAAAGCCGGGGAGACAGCUGCCUGAAGCACGAGUCGCUGUGACCGGCGGCACCCUCAAGUGCUGCACCCAGGAAUUGCCAGUCGGCUCGCCAACGUAGCCACUCACAACUGAGCGCCAUCUUCAUCUGCAUCGACGUAGUUAGCGCGAUGUCUGCACGGAUGUUCUUUAGUUCCAUAGUUGUUCUUACUGCCGCGCCUGCAUAAAUGUUCUUUUUGCCACGAAAUUUGUAAAUAAAACACUGAAAAAAAAAGGAAAACAUGCAUACAACAAAAAAAAUAGGUUUUGAACACUU